UCUGACUGUAGUUUAUAAGAUGAUGUAUCUAUGAAGGUGAUCAUCCUAAAUGCAUCUUAGGUAUGCUAGUUAAGCUGCCCCUGUGCACUAACAUCUUGUGUUUAUCAUUCACAUUUUCAAGCAUGGAACCCAAAUAUGAACACUGGUGCAACACUGAACAUUGAUGACUUUCCAGAACAGCACACUCAGUAAUGAGAGAGACCUGCUAAUGUCCCAGAAUUUUUCAUAUUGAACAUAGGUGAAACAUGUUGAUUACUGGUUUCUUGUCCUGAUUUCUGAUGAGCUUUCUUAUAUAUUAUUUUGACUUCCACCACAUAAAUAUCAACACUUAAAGAAAAGUAACUUUUAUGCAUAUUCCAAUGCCAUAACUUAUUAAAAUGUGUUUUUAGUUUAGUUCUCAGAGUUCUUAGUGGAAAUGAAUUUUCAAGAGAAUGAAACAAUGAGUCAAAAAACUUCGACAGCUACUACAAAGCCGUAAAUGAAAAUAAUAUUAAUUGGCACCUCUUACAUGCUGCAAGUGAAGACAUUAAUAUUUUAAAUCUCACUGCACCCUCUGUCACCAGGAUCUCACGGGGAGAGACACACAAAAGACUUCUCAUGGGUGCAGAACCACAUAAAUGGUGCAGAUUUUUCUAUCUUGACAAAAAUAACUUCCUGGGAAGGUCAUGGAUAGGUCGACCAGUUGGAUACAAAUGUGCAGCACAUUUGAGAAAUAAUGAUUCAUGAUAAGUAAUCAGUUGCAAAAUAUUACCCCAAAAUUGAUGAUCCUGAACUUUUCUCAGUCCUUUGCAACAGAUGCUGCUGGCCCUGGGCGGUGUUUCCAGGACUGAUACACUGGCCAGUCCACUGCAUGGAAAGAAAUGAGUGCUCAGAGGGCAAGCUUGUGAUGCCUGCUUGUUAGCCUGGGUCCUCCUCUUCGGAAACACCGCCUACUAGGACAUGAAGAAGGAAAAAAGAGAACAGAAACACUAGUGUCUGUCUUUGUGUAUCUUCAUUUAAGUCUGAUUUUUGGAUGGCAGAGAGGGAAAUUGAAUCCAGGGAUUGCACAGGCUAGUCAAGUGCUCCAUUAGUCAGCCGCACCCCAAGGGCCACGUCAGAGUCUAAAGGAAGUCUCCAUGUUUGGAUACUUACCUCAGUCCUGUGAGAGAAAUGAUUCAGCAUCCCUGCCUUUAGACAAUGAAGCAUAUCUGAUGCUACCAAAGAAAUCCUCCCCCAAGUUUGAGAGGUCUGGAUAAAAUCUGAGAGGUCGGAACAUGCAAGAAGCUGGACCAGAGUCCAAAUGAGAUCCACGUUGCCUAAUCUGGUGAUUUCCCAGUUAAAGAAGAGAAGAGAAAGAAGACUGGGAGAAAUAGAACUGGGCAGUAAAUAGAGAUUGAUACGCCAGAUUCUGGGGUACUCAGGUAAUAUUAGGAAUAACGUUUUAAAAAUAUUGCUCAUAGGAAGCUUGAAAUUGUUAUUUGUGCAGGUGAAAAGUUAUGGGAAUUUUCAAUACCAGUUCGGGGAAGGGCUUCAUUCUGGUGGGCUUCUCGGAUUUUCCUCAACUGGAAGUUUUCCUUUUCCUUUUUAUUUUAGUUUUCUAUUUGCUAACUCUCUUUGGCAACACCACCAUCAUCGCUCUCUCCCGUCUGGAUCUGAGACUGCACACUCCCAUGUACUUUUUCCUUUCGCACCUUUCUUUCCUGGACCUCUGCUACACCACAAGCACUGUGCCCCAGCUUCUGAUCAACCUAUGUGGGUUUGACAGGACCAUCAGCUACGGAGGCUGUGUGGCCCAGCUCCUCAUUUUCCUUGCUCUGGUCUCCACAGAGUGUUUGCUCCUGGGGGUGAUGGCCUUUGACCGCUAUGCUGCUGUGUGUCGUCCACUCCACUACACCUCCAUUAUGCAUCCUCAGCUGUGCCAGACACUGGCUAUCUCUUCCUGGAUUUCUGGCCUUGUAAACUCUGUGAUUCAGACAGGACUUGUGAUGGCCAUGCCCCUCUGUAGCCAUCAACUGAAUCACUUCUUCUGCGAGAUGCCCAUAUUCUUGAAGCUAGCCUGUGAGGACACAGAAGGAACAGAGGCCAAGAUGUUUGUUGCCCGAACAAUAAUCUUGAUCUUCCCUGCAACACUAAUUCUAGGUUCCUAUGGACACAUUGCCAGGGCAAUUCUGAGAAUCAAGUCAAUGGCUGGACGCAGAAAGGCUUUUGGGACUUGUGGGUCCCACCUCAUUGUGGUUUCUCUGUUUUACGGCUCAGGCAUAUAUACAUACCUCCAGCCCAUCCACAGGUAUUCUGAGAAUGAGGGAAAGUUCGUGGCUGUCUUUUAUACUAUACUUACCCCCAUUCUCAAUCCCUUAAUUUAUACUCUGAGGAACAAGGAUGUGAAAGGCGCUCUGUGGAAGGUACUUGGGAAAGGCUCAGACUUAGGGUAGGAG